UGCCAGUGCCCCAGACAGCCUUGGGACACGAUAAGAGCAUGGUCUAGAUUGAAGUACCAACUAAAUAAUUUUACCCUUCAAAAUAUCAACUAUACCAUCAUGGAUUCAAACUCUGCACACCAUCCUGUAUUUAUGGUAUUUCCUCCAGAGAUCACUGCUUCAGAAUUUCAGUCAAUGAAAAAUAUAGCCACAGCCUAUGAAUCUACCAUGCCCUUUUCAAAAUGUUUUACUACAAAAAUAAAAAUCUUUGGGACUAUCCAGAUACUGCUUGGACUGAUGAACUUUUCUUUUGGGGUAAUUUUCUUUUUCAUGUUUGAAGAACCGUAUCCAAGGUUCCCCUUUAUAUUUAUUACAGGAUAUCCAUUCUGGAGCUCCAUUUUGUUCAUUUAUUCUGGAGCCUGCCUAAUUGCAUUGGAAAGAAAAGGCACACAAACUGUGAUGAGGAUGAGCCAAACAAUGAAUUGUUUUAGUGUCCUGGCAGCAACAGCUGGAAUCAUUCUCCUUGUAUUUGGUUUCAUUCUAGAUCAAAACUACCUUUGUGGCUAUUCUGGAGAAGUUAGUGAGUGUAAGGCUGUUAACACCCUAUUCAUUGGAAUUUUGAUUAUGCUGGUAGCCUUCAGCACUAUUGAACUACUCAUUGCUAUGUUUUACUCAAUUUUUAGCAGAUCCUUUGACUGCUGUGAUUGUGAGGAAUGGUGUUAAAAAUCACUGUGCAAAUAAAGAAGUGAGAUAAUA